GUUUUUUUCUCUACUUUCAACAGAGAAUUAAGAAAAUGAAAACUAUCAUAUUUUUAUAAUUCUAAGGAUUUCAUAUUAGAGUGGAUUCGGGUGGAUUCAAGUGGAUUCAAGUGGAUUCAAGUGGAUUCAUGGAGUCAUGGAUUCUGCUGUUCCCCCCUUGACCUAAGUAGCUUCCUUCUUUUUUUCCUUGUAGCUAUAGAAACAAGCUUUAGUAGACAAUUUAAAGAAUCCGAUUAACUAAAAAGAGCAUGUUAGCGCAGCCCCUUUGAGGCUAAAAUGUGUAACUCACAUAUAUCCCUUAGGCUUACUAAAAUAAUUCAGAACAGUUCAUCUGAAAAAUCUACAUUGAUUUCCAAACGCAUAAUUAGGUCAUUGCCUAUUUGCUUAUGUCUGUAAUGGAGUACUGAUUGUUAGCUGGUAUAUUUAACAAUGACAGAGACUAGUUUCUAUGCUCUGUAAUGAGCAAGCAUUGUUUUUUUCGUGUAGUCUGUAAUUAAAAAAUGAAGAAAUAGCAGUCUAAUUAGUCAAGUUCCUAAUUAGCACAAUUUUAAACUCAUUAAUGUCUGUAAUAGGGGAGGGGAGCCGCAAAAAAUCUUGCUUUUAAACUUACACUCACUAUAUUCAUUGGAAAUAUUUUCACUCAGAAGAUCUCUAUCAAAAUCUUUGCAAGCGUAACAACAAUGAAUAGAGAUAAUGAUAGGACAGAUAUGAAUGGAAAAAAAGGAGUGUUUAAUAAAUUCAAAAUCUUAGAUGUUGUUAGUCAUUACUGAGAUAAUUUGUGACUCGAACAUUGAUACACGGUAAUCAUUGGAAAACAACGGAAGCGUAAUGAAAUAGGCUGGGCUGGUCUCAACGGCAAUGUUCAUAACCACACCCUUAAAUUGGAUGAUUAUUGGUCAAUAGAAAUGAUUGAUAAAACACACAAAGAGCUAAUCGAAGAAAAACAUGAUGCAUUGCAAGUUAAAAGUUCAGAAUACGAUCUGAAUCUAAAAUCAAAGAUUCAACUAAUUCGAACAGGAUCGCAGUUAUGUGUAGUCAUUAGAUUUUAAUUGAUUUGACAUUUCUAUUUUUUUCUAUCAUUAAAAAAUUCACUUAAUCAUGACGACGAACCUUGUUUAACUUCAAACUAUUGAACAACUUUCACCCUUAGUUCUUCGUGUAGUUGCUUGUAAUCCGAGUCCGAUGACAUUGCAAGGUACAAAUGCACAUCUGAUUGGCAAAGGAUGUAAGUAAAGAAUUUUCAAAUAAAAAAGAAUUUUUCUUAAACUCUUAGUCGACUCUUAUUUGAUGCUGGCCAAGGUGCUACGGUUUAUAUUGAUGAACUUAAAGAUACUAUGAAGAAAAAUAAUAUUGGAUUACAAGAGAUUCUCAUUACACAUUGGCAUCCCGAUCAUAUUUAUGGUAUUAAAUAUGUUCUAAAAUUGAUUGAUAAACGUAAAGCUAUUCAUACACCUGGUCAUACUACGGAUCAUCUUUGUUUUUGGGUUGAAGCAGAACAAACUCUAUUUCCUGGUAAUACCAUACUCGGCCAAGGAACAACAGAAUUUGAAGAUCUGUAUGAUUAUUUAAAUUCUCUUACGCUUGCUCUAAAAAUGUCGCCGAAAAGAAUUUAUUCUGGAUAUUGUCCUGUUGUUGAAAAUCCUCAACAAACACUGGAGCAUUAUAUAUUCCAUCGUCAACAAUGUAACAAUCAAAUAUUUGAUGCAUUCAAGCAAUCUAACGAUGGACUUGAUCCAAAUGAAAUAACGAAAAUUGUUUACAUGGGAACUUUAAUAAUUUUAUUUGAAUAA